UGCGUUAUCGAUCGCAUGUUAUAAGAUUUUAAGGUUAACCCUCGAGGAACACAGAAAAAUUAAAUAAAUCUUUAAAACAAUAAAAUGGUCUUAUCCGAGGGUGUUAAACAAAGACUGUCCGUCGUUAUUGAACUGGGCAAAACUGUUUUCCAUUAUGGUUUCAUUCCUACUGUGGUCUACUUAGGUUUCCAAAAGGGUGCAGACCCCGGAAUGCCAGAAAUCACGUUGUCCAGUUUACUGUGGUGAGCCAACUUCGAACAGUACCUCAAUGAUUUAAUGUAGAUUUUGUUAUAAUAUUAAGUUUAAAUAAAAGCUUUUGAGAGUA